UUGAGCUCCCACCGCGAACAGGCCCCCCCAUUGGUCUCUUCUGACUGUAUCAUUCAAUCAUGGCUGGCGCACUAUCGAUGUUCCAGAAGCUUCUCUUCGUCGGCUCGCUACUAGUGGGAACCUCUUUGGAGUCUGCCAUACCGUGCGAUGACUCGGAAGCUGAGGUAGGGACUUUGGUCAGUGCAAAAUGGGAACCCCGAACUCCGGAGCAAACUCUGUACGCAUACGUCCGCUGUCUCAAUGACUCAUCGGCCAGCAUAGAACAGAAGAUCAACUGGGUCAAGUGGCACCCGGAUACCACCUACGAGAGUCAAUGCUACGUGAAGUGUGUCAGUGAAGAAUUGCGGCUGUAUGAUCCAAAGGAGAAACGCUUUCUACCGGAGAGGUUCGUACAGCAGGCGGAAUCGUUCUUCUACGCGGACCCGGAACAGCUGCAAACCUUGAGGACGAACGCUGAACCCAUGUUGGCUGGGGCUUUGGAGGACAAUUCAUGUGAAUCGGUGUUCAACAAGUACGAUACGUUCUACACAACCCACCACAAUACGAUCCUGAGGAUGUUCCACGGAGACUACAGGGACAUCGGAACGACCUAUGCAACGCUCGGAGACCGGGUCAAGCAGAUCGGCCAAAUGUAUGUGGAUUACUGCGAAAAACGUACCGGAGCCAAGUGGGACGAAAAGCACAGCUGCCCCUCGGCCGCUCUGUUGGAUUGCAUUUUCCGUGGAUUCCGCUGGAUUACGGAGGAAGGUGCCGUCAAUGUCAACGAAAUUCGCCGCGAUUACGAUGCGGCCGGGCAGGGUAGUGAUAAGGCGGACCACUGUGAUUCAGCGACGGGGGGUGCACGUAGCCUCUAUAAUUGUCUGCGCGAUAAGGGAGCUGACGAGUUGGUCCUGGUGAUGCUAGAGCGAAAUCAGAAGACGGCAUUUUACUUUGAUCUGACGUCUAAAGAGGAACCGUGGAAGUCGGCCGUUGAAUUUGCCACCAAUCUGUAGGUUGGUGUUAGAAAAGUGAUUGCAAAAUAAGGUAACUUCUUCGGUUAGUGCAAAUCACUGUUGUUUGUAAGAUUUCCACUGAAUUCGUAUUCAGAAACAUAUGAGACUAAUAAAUAUAUGGAAUUUUAUUGUG